AUGUCACAACAAUCAAAUCUUUCCUUGCCAAUAAUUGACAUCGGACCAAUUAUUCACACAACUGACAGUGAUGGAAAUUAUCAAGAUGAACAAGCAGCUGCCAAUGUUAUCAAGCAAAUUGGACAAGCUUGUGAGAGGUUUGGAUUUUUCUACAUUAAAAAUCAUGGAAUUGAUGAAGAAUUAGUUGACAAGUUGAUGAGUGAAGGAAGAUCAUUUUUUAACAAGCCACUCGAUUAUAAGAAUCAAUAUCAUAUGAAGAAUUCAAAGGUUUAUAGAGGAUAUUUUGAGUUGGGUGGAGAGUUGACUAAAUUAGGUCAUUCUAUUAUGGCUGCAAUUGGAGAAAGUUUGGGAUUGGGAAGAGACUUUUUUAGAAACAAGUUUACUUCUGAACCUUUCAUUCCAUUCAGAUUAUUCCAUUAUCCAAGUGAUCCAAAUGCAAAAUUCGAAAAUGGAGAAGAAAGAUUUGGAGUUGGAAAACAUCAAGAUUAUGGAUGCUUGACCCUCCUCAAGCAAGAUAACGUUGGAGGAUUGGAGGUUGAAGAUAGAUCAACUGGUGAAUGGAUUUCAGCUCCACCACUUGAAAAAACAUUCGUUGUCAAUAUUGGUGACAUGUUAGAAAGAUGGACAUGUGGCAGAUACAAGGCAGUCCCUCAUCGUGUUAAAAAUCUCACAAAUCAAGAUAGAUUGAGUGCUCCAUUCUUUUUCGAUCCAAACUUUGAAUGUGUUGUAACUCCAUUGGAAGAAUUAGCAUUGACUGAAGAGGAAAAAACAAAAUGGCCACCUGUCAAGUAUGGUGAUUAUAUUCUAGCUAAGGUUUUUGCCGUCUUUCCAGAAUUGAAAAGUGCUGCCUUGAAAUAUGAAGAAUAA